AUGACGUCCCGCGAGCCCUCCGCGGCGCCAUCUGACGGCGACACCAUCGACGACCAAGCCGACGAGACGAAACCUGGUCUUGUAGAUCUUGACCACGAGCAGAUCGAGUCUGUCGAAGGGGCCCCUGCAAGCUCUACCCCAACAAACAGUCGUCGAAUCGGCCGGCAGAAAACCUCUUCAGGUCGAAAAGCAAGACCGCGGAAGGGCGCAAUUUGGAUACACGAGCAACCCCACGAAGGGACCGAAGAUGAGGGCAGCGUCGUCUCCGCCACUCACUCCAGGACCAAGAAGUCAGAAGCAACACCUGAGUCAGACCUCCGGACGAUCGGUACGGCAGUUGGCACCAGAAGACAAGCCAACGGCACCGUGGGCUCCGUGUAUUCGGGUAGCAAGGUUAGGCAUAUUAAGAAGCCGGAUGGAACACCGCUGUGGCGCAAAGAGAUCCAGUUCGAGUUUUUGCAGCUGGUCAUUGAGGAUACACAACCCGUUUUCACACGGAUCAGUGAUGGCAAGACUGGCUGCUGCUUCUCCGACAUCUACGUCGACUGUAUGGCCAGAAGUUCAAAGACGAGCAAGAUUCUGAAAGACAGGCUUCAGUUUGACAGGCAGGCUGCACAUAACAUGGCCAUGAUAUGCCUCCUGGUCAAUGUGGGCCGCAUGAACACCACUCUGAACUUCUUCCCCGAGAUGAGGGCCCAGCUGAGAACAUAUCACUCCAUCCCUUCGCUACAGGCGUACAAGAGCCAGAGAGACUACAAGUCCUUACAGGACGCUCCCAGGCUAAAGAGUAUCUUGAAAGGGGCCAGUGAAGACACCAUUGAGCCUCGAAGCAUUCAGGAGCUGAAGGCCAAGCAAGUUCCAAGAACGAAUCCAGUUAACCUGAUCUUCGUCUUAUCCCAAGUUGCACCCAGAAUCAGCGAGACACACUUCACCGACAAAGUCGACUUUUUCGACCUCGCCAUGCGCCCAACCAUCUCAUCUGCAAGUAGGGCGAGAGCAUUCUUGUGGCUCAUGUGGUGGUAUCUCGAAUCGAACUUCACCAAAGAAGAUGCUCUGAGAAAUCCAUACGGCCCGGGCGAAUACAGAGACGAUGAAGACCCCGACGACCCUGACACCGUACCACAGCUGGUGCCCAAAUUGGUCAUGAUCACGGAGGAAGAAGGAGACGCUGAAAACGUUGACCCUCCAGAAGAGAUUGCCUUUGCCGAGAAAAUGACCCAAGAAAGGAAGCGGAUAAUGGCCGAGAACGCCAACGACCCGCCUCUUGUCAUGGCCGACCCAGGGAACCCUGAUCACAAAGCUCUCAAACGCCUAAAGAGGGGUGCUGCAUACGCGGACGACGACUCACUGAUCUCGGACGUCGAUUCACGCGCUAGUCCCGGUGUAGGACGGUCUCCUGCUCCAGAAGCCCUGAAUGCACAUGGACAUGUCAUGGCCAGUGCGCUCGGAGGUCAAGCUGACAGUCUCGAUGAUGAUUGGGAGGCGGUUGAUCCUCACCCCGGCCGUGGGAGAUACAAGCGUGUCAGGGGCAAGAACACUCCGACCCGCGUCAGAGGGAUCCCCAGACAGAGUGAUGGUCCAAGGAGCGUGUUCAAAGCAGGACGCAAUGCCGGUACACCGGACACUGUCGAUCGGUACCGAGCAACGCCCCAGCCUCUGCAACCCGGUGGUACUAACCAUCCAGUCAUCGGUCAGUUCGGCACACCGCGCGGCAAGAAUGAGAUUGACACGCUCCGAGCUGAGUCUGGCGGCGGAACAGCAGGCACCAAGGCUAGGGCUAGAACAGGCUACCAGCGAGAGCUAGAGGAGCACAGACAGCGCCGAGUCGAAUGGGCGCUCAGGAGACGUCGCAGACAUGCCCUCAAAGAGGCCCGGCAGAUCAGACAGGGGGGCAGAUGGUUGUUCAAAGCCGCCAGGCGAAUCAGCGAGCUCCCUCCAACAUAUGACAGCGAAGAAGAAGAAGAGGGGGGCGGUUCUGGCUUUGGCGGCUUGCUUGGCCGCAGAUGGUUUGGCGACACCAACGUCGACUCCGAAGCCAAGUCUCUCCCUGUUGGGUACGAGCCCGAUGAUUACGGCGAGGAAGUGGAAUCGUGGGCAGGGCUCCUGAGGAGGACGGGAAGACGCCUGGAGGUUUGGAGUGGGGAUCGUGAUCUGGGAGUCUAUCAUGCCCGUCUCCAUCGCCACCAUGCGGCCCCGAACAAUUUCGCUGCAGCUCCUGCUCAGCCAGUCACGAACGGCACGGGCAAGAAACGCCGGACGCACGAGUCAUCAGCGCAUCCCUCAGCCCCUGACACUGGAAGGACCCUGCAGUCUGCCAGAAGCGCAGGACGAGAUCUCAACGACGAAAUUACACAAGAUUUGCUCGCUGAACGAAGUGAUGAUGACAUGGACGACGACGAUUCAGACGCAAAUGGCGAUGUCGAUGGCGAAGAGAGUGAUGUGGAUAUGGAUUGA